AUGAAUAUUUUUGACUCUAGAACUCCCUACAGAAGCAGAGGCUUCUAUGUUAGGAUGAGGCUUUUGCAGAACACAAGACACAGCAGAAACCCAGAGAAGAGUUUUUGGUACAGAUUUUUCAAAUGGCUUCUUUUAUUCUCUCUUGCAUUUUACUUCUUUUCGUCUUUCUUUAUCACCCACACCAAGCCCACCACCACCACCUUUAUUUCAAAAGCCACCGUUUCUUCUUCCAAAGCCAGUCGUGUUCUAAUUGAAGAAUUGUCUACAAAACCUAAAAGCCCAGAAGGUUCAUUGAAGGGGAUGAAGGUGUAUGUUUACGAUUUACCAUCAAAAUACAACACUUAUUGGCUUUCAAAUGAGCGGUGCAGCAACCAUUUGUUUGCAUCGGAGGUGGCUAUUCACAAAGUCCUGAUGACUAGCGAUGUAAGAACAUUAGACCCAUGGGAUGCUGACUUUUUCUUUGUGCCUGUUUACGUUUCCUGCAAUUUUAGCAAAGUCAAUGGCUUCCCAGAUAUUAGUCAUGCACGUCCUCUCCUAGCCGCCGCCGUGAAGCACAUUUCAUCUCAGCUUCCGUUUUGGAACCGCAGCCUUGGUUCUGACCAUAUUUUUGUCGCAUCCCAUGAUUUUGGUUCUUGUUUUCACACCAUGGAGGAUAUGGCAAUGGCUGAUGGUGUGCCAGAGUUUUUGAGGAAUUCAAUAAUAUUGCAAACAUUUGGAGUCAAAUAUAAGCACCCAUGUCAAGAAGUGGAAAAUGUGGCGAUUCCUCCGUAUGUAUCACCGGAAAAUGUACGCUCCACCGUGGAGAAGUCACCGUUGACGGGCCGACGCAAAAUUUUUGCGUUCUUUAGGGGCAAAAUGGAAGUCCACCCUAAAAAUAUCAGUGGUCGUUUUUAUAGCAAGCGAGUGAGGACGAUGAUAUUACAGAAAUAUGGCAAUAACCGGAGGUUUUACUUAAGAAGACAUAGAUUAGCCGGUUACCAGUCAGAGAUUGCAAACUCAAUAUUUUGUUUGGCUCCAUUGGGAUGGGCCCCUUGGAGUCCAAGACUUGUAGAAUCCGUGGUUCUCGGAUGUGUUCCGGUCAUUAUUUCAGAUGGUAUCCGAUUACCAUUCCCCUCCGCCAUACCAUGGGCGGAGAUAUCCCUUUCUGUUGCGGAGAAGGACGUGAAAAAAUUGGGAAAAAUCCUAGAACAUGUCGCAGCCACCAAUCUCACAACAAUACAGAAAAACCUGUGGGACCCAAAAGUUAGGAGGGCCCUACUUUUCAACAAUCCAAUGGAAGAAGGCGACGCUACAUUCCAAGUUCUUGUUGCCAUAUCAGAGAAGCUAGACAGGUCCCACAAGAGGUCAAAGGUUUCAAGCCAAUAA